UAGAUCUGGAUCCAGAGCCAGACUCCAGGGUGGAGGUAGGAGGCCAGGCCCGGCCCACCUCUGGCAGAGAGCAUGGCAACCUCUCCCGGCUACGUAGCUCUUCACUGGAGAUCAGAGAGAAAGAAAUCCGAGAAAAGGGCUCAGAGAUCCUCAGGGAACAGUUGGACGCUGCAAAGAGGGAACUGAAACUGAAGGACAGAGAGUGUGAGCGUCUUUCUCAGGUCAGAAAUCAGUUGGAGCAGGAGCUGGAGGAGCUGACGGCCAGUCUGUUUGAGGAAGCUCACAAGAUGGUGAAUGAAGCGAACGUCAAACAAGCAGCUGCAGAGAAGCAGUUAAAGGAGGCUCAGGGAAAGAUUGAUGUUCUACAAGCAGAGGUAACGGCGCUCAAGACUCUGGUGUUGACAUCAACACCUUCUUCGCCAAAUCGCCAGCUCCAUCCUCAGCUGCAGUCCCCAGGAACCAGGGGAGCGCACAAACACAUUGGUGGUCACAUCCGUAACAAGAGUGCGAGCGGGUCUUUUCCACCUUCACCUGGAAAACCAGAACCUUCCUCCGUCACCAUUCAGCCUGCGACCAAAGAGGACCGAGAGAUUGACUCAAUUCUGUAUGCAGAGUUUUUGAUGUGGAAGGAAAAGCCAAGUCUAGAUCGCUCUUCUGCUUUCCUGAGUCGCAUCUACAGGGAAGACAUUGGACCCUGCCUCUCCUUCACAAGAUCUGAGCUGUCCCAGCUUGUGCAGAGUGCGGUGGAAAACAACUCCUUGACCAUCGAGCCUGUAGCCAUGUCAGCAUUACCAAUGGUGAAAGCCUCGGCUGUAGAGUGUGGAGGUCCUAAAAAAUGUGCAUUAAGCGGCAUGUCGCGCCUCUGCCGUCAUCGCAUCAAACUUGGAGACAAGGGGAGCUACUAUUACAUUUCUCCAUCCAGUCGAGCACGGAUCACAGCUGUUUGCAAUUUCUUCACUUACAUUCGCUACAUCCAGCAGGGCCUGGUGAGACACAAUGCAGAGCAGAUGUUCUGGGAGGUGAUGCGUCUCCGCAGAGAAAUGACAGUUACCAAGUUAGGUUUCUACCCCACAGACCAGGGCUAGAGGACCUGACAGUCCACUGAAACCACAGACAAAACUGUGAGUCAGUGUCAAACUGUGGUAACAAACAGGUCAAGGAUGAGGUUUUUGCGAAAGCUGUAGAGUACUGGUGCUGCUGCAGAGGCUAAAAAACAAGGGAAGAAGAUAAUGUUGUGCCACUUUAAUUAAAGGAGGCAAAAAUGUUACCGGUGCAGACUUAAGUUCAGGCCUUUAGUAAUUCUCUGGCAAUGAGAGGAGAGAUGUUUCCGUUUUUGAGUUUCCACAACUUGUCAUGGAUAAAAAAUAGACUUUGGCUGUAAUCUGCCAGAUAUUAGCUAUCGUUUUCACUUAUGAAUGGUUACAGAGGCGAGCCUCUGUAGUAUCUUCAUCCAGACAGUGCCACAAGUAUGUUAAAAAAAUGGAACUUUUGGGGUGGAUUUUGGAUAGACCAUAUGUCCAUGUGCUAAUAUAGCAAUCAAGCUGCUAGCUUCCUAUCAUUCAAGUAAAGUCACAUUUUUAUCAGCUUGAUAUGAAAUACUGUCAGAUUAAUUAGAUAUGAAAAAUAGGCAUGAUUUAUCAAUUAACUCAAUAUUAACAUUAUGAUAAAAUAUGACUGUAAAGGCAAGAAAAGCUGCACAAUUUCAAAUAGAUUCCUGUUUGAAGGAAAAAGAAUAAUGCUGUUUCAAAUAAAAACGCAAAAUAAUUAAGAUCAUUAUUAGUUAAUCCUUUAUGAUACCUUGGCAAGUAAAGGAAGGGCUUGCUCUGAUUUGCCACAGUUUUAUUCCCGGUCUUUAGUAGAGGAAAUACGGUAUAAACAUUUGAAUGGCUACCUAUAGCUUGACUUGGCUUUUUUGAGCCAUUCAUACACAUUUUCAAUGAACUAUUUAUAAUGCUACAUUUCUGACAUGCAAUGUAAGUUCUGUUUUUGUCUUUAUAUUUGUCUGAAUACAAAUUCCAGACUACAAAACUGCAAAAUUUGGACAAAAUUAUCCUCUCCCCAUGGCUACAGGUGGUACUUUCUGUCAGAGUUUUAUCCAUCAGUAAAGAAGUGCACUUUCUUGCUUGGACACCAGGGUGCAUCAUGCAUUUAAUUAUGGAUAUACUGAAAUCAGUCACAUACAUGAGUGGAAACGAGAGGUUAGUAUUGGACAAAGGCGAGCACAAUGAAAGGGUAAGGUUAAAGGCAGUCUAGAAAGUUUUUUUGUACCUCAGAUAUUACAUAGUAAAGAAUAUGUAAUGUUGUUCUGUACCAAGGUUGCAAUUAUGUAUGUUUUUUUAAUUUCAAGUUAAUGCUCAAGAGCAUUACAUACUUAAUUUUUGACUAGUUUUGUCUCAGCAUGGCCUUAACUUUGUCUAUCCACUGCUGCACUUCCUGUUCUUGGUGCCUUGUAUAAAAACACAAAAGAAACAACUAUAGCUUCUCACAAUAAACAGCUUCAUGUGAGCUUGACCUGUACUAAAUAAUCAGAUAUAUAAUAAUGCCACAUCUGUGCUCAAUACAGCUUAUCGGAUGGCAAAAGAACAAGCUUUAAUACAAGUGACACCAUGUACCACUGUUGCCACUGUCGUUUUGCAUGUCUGCAGAACUGUAUGUAUUUACAAGAAGCCAUAAAUGACUUUGCAUGAAUGCAGUAAAUAGCCAUAAUUAUGCAAUGUAUUUUGAUUGUACCUCAUAUUAUAGAUUAUUAUAAAUGGAAGAUUUUACAGAAAACUGUUGAAGGUAAAAAUGAAGGCUAUCAUUUCAGAAAGUGCAAUAUCUGCUUCUUAGCUCUCUUACAGACCUUGGGGUUCCUGACCUCAGAGUAAAUUGCUGUCUCUGGUGUAAACACUCCAUUAAAAACAAGCCUAUGUAGUCUUUGUCA